CCGGCAGUGUCACCUGCUCCUGGAUGUCUUCAACUCCACCGAGCAUGAGCUGACCAUCAGCACCAGGAGUAGCGAGGCGCUCAUCCUGCAUGCCGGCGAGUGCCAGCGAAUGGCUAUUCAAGUGGACAAGUUCAACUUUGAGAGUUUCCCGGAGUCCCCUGGGGAGAAGGGGCAAUUUGCAAACCCCAAGCAGCUGGAGGAAGAGCGGCGGGAAGCCCGAGGCCUGGAGAUCCACAGUAAGCUGGGCAUCUGCUGGAGAAUCCCGUCCCUGAAGCGCAGUGGCGAGGCGAGUGUGGAAGGACUCCUGAACCAGCUCGUCCUGGAGCACCUGCAGCUGGCGCCUCUGCAGUGGGAUGUGCUGGUGGACGGACAGCCGUGUGACUGUGAGUCUGCGGCGGCCUGCCAGGUAGGCGACCCCGUGCGCCUGGAAGUGCGGCUGACCAACCGGAGCCCGCGCAGCGUAGGGCCCUUCGCCCUCACCGUGGUCCCCUUCCAGGACCACCAGAAUGGCGUGCACAACUACGACCUGCACGACACCAUCUCCUUCGUGGGCUCCAGCACCUUCUACCUCGACGCGGUACAGCCAUCUGGCCAGUCGGCCUGCCUCGGGGCCCUCCUCUUCCUCUACACGGGCGACUUCUUCCUCCACAUCCGCUUCCACGAGGACAGCACCAGCAAGGAGCUGCCACCCUCUUGGUUCUGUCUGCCCAGCGUGCACGUGCGCGCCCUGGAGGCGCAAGCCUGAGCCCGCCCACUUCCGUCCCUGUUUCUGCAGGGCCAGAGGUGACCCAGCCUGGCCUCCCACACCCCCUGCAAUGAGCAAGGCCUUCACUGCAGCCCUGUCUCCCCUUCCUUCCCCAAUCCCCACCCAACCCUCUCCUCCCAUUCCUCCUGUAGCAUCUUUGCUGGGCUACGCAGAAGCCCCCAGACAUGGCAGCCCCACCCCGUGCCACACCCCUUCCCACACUGUUCCCUGGACUAUACACAGGCCAGAGCAGAGGAAACCCCAGAGUGGGUGCCCAUUCAGCCCAGGUCCCAGGAUCCCUGCAUCCGUUUAUGUGACCUGGGGCCCCAGCCUUGCUGUGCUGCUCACCCCAGCAGAGGGACCUCCCUCAUCCAGCCACUUCCCUUUGGCCAUAGAAAGAAACGGUGAGCAUGAGGCUGGGCGCAGCCUGAGGGCGUGGGCAGCUUCCCUCCCUCCCUGGGCCUUGGAAUCCCCCAAGGCUGGUUUUCUUCCUGGAGACCCCCAUGGGCAACUUGGCAGGAGAGAUGGUGCCGUAGGUGGUCAUGGAUGGUUGACACCAAGAGAGGCCUUCCACCCAUGGUGGGCAAAUGUCCAGGCCUGGGCUGCCAGCCCAGGGCUGUUUCUGGGUGCUCCCUGGCCCCAGGGUGGUAUCUGGGUACCGUGGCUAUGUGUGUCCAUGUCUGUGAGCAGUUCUUCAAUAAAUGGCCUGCCUCCUCC